UCUACGCUUGAGGCGGCGUUCUGAGUUGUCAGGUUCUUUAUUCUAUGUUAGCGUUGAAAAAUUAUUUGAGCGGCGGGCUGCAUUUUACGUAAAAUAUGCCACGAUGUCUACACUGCCCACUUGAAAUUGAAUUUUGGUAUGGUGGAAGCAGUAUCUUGUGCUCUAGAGCUCUAGCUGUUGCAAGGCGCCCCUUGCCAUUGCCCUUGCUCGUGUAGUAUUUUGCGAAGUGAAGUUACGUCUGGCAUUCGUCGACUAGUCGGUCUACGUGAUGGCGAAUCCUGCAUGCACCGACAUCAGCGGCGGGCUGGAGCGCACGCCUGUGUCUUUUCUCAAUGACGUGGAUGCCGAACACCUUCCUUACUUCGAGUACACCACCACAAAUGUGCCUGGCCCUGGAUCGGAUGAGCAAGCAUUUAGUGAAGUGUUCGCCAGCUGCAGCUGCCAGGUAGCUUGCGGUUCGCAGUGCCCCUGCGUGGUGCGCAGCAGCCGUGCCUCCUCUUUGGCCGCCAUCGAGUGCUCGGCGCUGUGCUCGUGCGGAGCCGCCUGCCCGAUCCGCGACGUCCAGCACGGGCUGCGUUACCGGCUGCGGGUGUGCAAGACGCGGGAGAAAGGUUUCGCCGUGCGCGCCCUGGAGCCCGUCCCGCGCGGGAGCUUCGUCUGCUCGUACGCGGGCGAAGUCGUCAGCCUCGAGGUGGCACGCCAAAGGGUGUCGCAGCGGGACCCGUGUGAGCCAAACUAUGUCAUGGUGUUGCGUGAGAACGGCGUGGUGACACUCGUGGUGGACCCCAGCAGUGUUGGUGGUGUUGGCCGAUUCCUGAAUCACUCGUGUGAGCCCAACCUGGCCGUUAUGCCUGUCCGGACCGAGUGCGUCGUACCCGAGCUCGCACUGUUUGCGAAGAGAGACAUCUGUGCGGGUGAAGAGCUGAGCUACGACUACUCUGACGGCUCCGCCUCGGAGAGAAGCUGCACGCGAUGCGCCUGUGGUGCCAAACGGUGCAUGGGCUGGCUGCCCCGGGACAAACAAGUGUUGGGCUGCUGACGUCUGUAGCAUGCAUUAUUGAUAUUGGCAUUUUUUUUAUCACUGAUUGUUUGCAUUAAUCGUUUAUGGCUUAAGACUAUAUAAAAGCAUAUUUUAUACGGG